AAUUUGAAUGCAGUGACUUCAAAAAUAUAUCAGUUGAUAUGUUACUCGCAAAAUUACCUAAAAUCAAAAUUUGACCUUAACCCUUUUGUGGGAGUAUAUUGAAAAACUAACUAUAAAAUUUAGAUACAGGAGCCUUAAAAACAUAAUGUCAAACUUUUUUUUCUAAAGACUAAAUUUUUGUUAUUAUUAAUUUUUUUCAGGUUUCUUUGAUUUUGAAACACUAUCAUAGCCUAACAGAACGUCGUCUUGACCAACAAACUUCGCCAAUAAAAUUUUUGUUAUUUUUUAAAUUUAUAAAAAAAAAAAAUCAUUAUUUAGAUAAGUACUAUUUUAAGAACGUUAACUAUCAGAAAUCAAUUGAACCUAUUACGAUAAAAAUUAUGAUUUUGUAUUUUUUCACAAAUUUUACUCAAAGCAAAAAUUUACUUUAAUUUCAUAUAUAGAGUGUUCAGUAAGUAAGAAAACAGGUCAGUUGUUACAAACAAUGAGAAUAAUAGAAACCCGUUUUCUGACUUACUGAACACUGUAUAUAAUCAUAUAUAAUCCAUAAUUAAACAUAUAAUAUUACUCUGGUUUAAAAAGUGGUACAUUUUCUUAAUUUGAAGUCGGCUGGGACCGUACCAAUGAAUUUUAUUAAGGAUCGUAAAAAAAAAGACCAAUAAUAGUUUUUACUUCAGACCAACUAGGACCAGGCUAGUUUUUUAUUUUAAUUAUAAUACCGGAUCCGACUGAACUGUAGCUUAGUCCGGCUAAAAUUGAACCUUACAGAAUUUCUCUAUGCAGCAGGGUAGUUUAGCCAAUGCUUGUGGUUAUUUCAAAUAUAAUUAUAAUCUUUGUUUUGUUUUAUUUUUUUUGAUAAUCUAUUUCCGAAAAAUUUAAUAAUACACAAUAACUGAAAUAUUUUCGUAGUGUUUGACUGUUAAAUAAAAAUAUUACCUAUAUUUUUUUAUUUAAAUCAAAGUAUAAUUUAUACAAAUAUUGUGAUAUUUAUAUUUUUUAAUGAGUUUAAAACAUAAAUAUAAUAUUUUAUACAUAAAAAAUUUUUUUUUAAAUUGUUUUUACGGCAUUAGAAAAAAUUAAUAACAAGUUUAGAAUGUAGUCUAAUUCUAUAAAAAAAAAUGAAACAUGUAAGUAGAUUAAAUGCUAAAAAAGUUGUCAGUUAGAUCUGUUCGAUUCUGUAUAUCUUGUGCAUAAAAUUGCGUCAACAGGACUGUUAUUAUUCCUUUACAAGUAAUAUUAUGAUUGUUUUCCAUAUAAUAAAUUCUAUAUACAACUAAAAUUUAACUAACGAAUUAUGCAUUGGUAACUAUCAAAACAAUUGGUAAUUUGUGGUCUCUAUGGAUAAAGGUCAAACCUAUCUUAUUAUAGAAAUCUGCUCGUAUUCAAUUUGUCAUAUAAUUAUCUAAUCAAUACUAAAACAAUAUACAAAUACAAAAAAAUAAUGCUAUAGUAUUCAUACAAUAUUACAUGAAAUAAUUUCAAUAUAUUCAUACUUUUAUAUUUUGUACAGUACAAAUGGAGUCGUUACGGUGCUACCUCAUGUUAAUGAAACGCAAUGCCUUUAAUGUAUACUUUUUGCACAUGGUUUCCUUUACGUCUUGGAACAGUUAUAGUUGGAAUUAUAUCAAUUUUUCAAUCACUUUUGUCAGAGGGAGUAUGUUUUUUUAGCCUAGGUAUGACAGACGUAAUAUCAAAUGGAUUACAUAAAUUGCUUCACAAUAAUAAUAUGGCUUAUUCUGUAGAAAUAUUGAAGUCAAUUGAAAAAGAUCCAAAAUUUUAUAUUCUAGGAGUGAUGAUAUAUAAUUUGGUAUACACCAUUAGCUGUUUUAUUUUAAUAUACGGAGCUUAUAAGAAUACUAUUAUGUUUAUUUUACCAUACAUCAUAUUAGAGUUUAUACGGUUAGCAUUCAUUUUGUAUAUUGUUGCAACGUCAAUGAUACUAAUAAAAAUGAACGUAUUAAAUUUUUUGGUUCUCAUUUUAGUUUCAGUGAUUGGAGUAGUUUUUUUGCAACUAUUAAUUUACAUGUGGUGUUGUCCAGUAAGUUUGGUACAAUGUCUAAGAAUAGUAAGAAAAACAGUUGGACAUGCUAAUGACGACUUCGAUAUCGAUACUAUCGGUAUCCCAAAAGUUUUGAUGGUAAACAAUCACGAUUUAGCAUUUGAUCCGUCAUCCGAUUAUUUUGGAUGGAGACCAUUUAAGCCAAGUUAUAGUUAUCCAUAUGAAAAUAUGCCACAAUACGAAUACUAAAAAUUCAAUAUUCAAAUCAAGUGAUUAAAUAGACAAUUAGUAGUUAAAUGAUGCAGGGAAUUGUAUCAAUUUUGUAUCAGAUUGCAUAGCGUGUUUAAAUUCAAUACCAACCAAAAAAUGUAACCUUAAGUAAUGUAUUUCCACGUUAUAAUUGUAUAUGAAAAGUUAUUUUGUCAGUUUAAUAAAAAAAUAAUUAUAUAGCUAAAAUGUAUUAUGUUAUAUGUAUUAUAUUUAUAAAUAUAGCUUUAGAAUAAUUGAUAGGUAAUCGACUAGAGUUAGAGAUGUAUGUCAAAUAAAUUUUUCCCAUAAAACUAAUCGGUGAGAUAAUAUUAAUUAUAAAGAACAAUAGUUUCCAAUUUUGCACACUAGUCUAAUUAUUGAAACUUAAAAUCAAAAACCACUGAAAUGCUUAUGUCCUUAAUUAUUAAAAAUUUUAAGGCAAAGGUGUAUUUAGCAAUCCCUCCAGGAUUAUAAGCUCAACAAA